GAAAUUUUGCAAGGCACUGUUGGUUUUUACAUACCAGUGUGACAAGUUGCUGGCUUUAUGUGUUUUUAAAUCACCUGUGUGUCAUGUCUAAGCCAGACAGUCAAGACCACAAGUCCCCAAUCCGUUUAAGGAAGCUGACUGACUACUGAUUGAAGAUGAGGAAAGAGAACGACAACAAGACACCUGCUCCAAAAAUGCAGCACAGCUGUAGCUGUCCUUGCCUCGGCCCCCUGACCUUCCAUCCUCAAGCUGUGGGAGACAUGAUCCGUCUGAGCGAGGGCCUUCGAUGUGCGGAGAGAACUGAAGAAACCUUCAGAGACGGCGUCGUGUUCAGCAACCGCCCUGUGAGCAUCAACGAGCGGGUCCGGGUGCUGGUGCAGAAGAAGGUGGCACACUGGAAAGGGGCGCUGCGUGUAGGCUUCACCAACGUGCCGCCAUCAGCCAGGACUUUACCUCUGCCCUGCAUGGCCAUGCCUAACCUCACCAACACCCAGGGGCACUGGGCCUGUCCUGUGCCCGAGUCCUGCUGUCAGGAAGGUUCGGUGCUGGAGUUCUGGGUCUCUCCUCGUGGACGCUUACAUUAUAUGGCCAACAACGACGGGAAGCGUACACUAGCAAUAGAAGUGGACCUCAGCCUGCCUCUCUGGGCCAUGAUUGAUGUAUACGGGCAGACGUGCUCCAUCUUCCUCCUAGGUUCUGAGAAAAAGGGAACGCUUUUCAACAGAACAUCCUGUCCUGCACCUGAACCUCCCAUCAGAAUCAGUCCUGAUUAUACUGAACCCAGUGAAAACUCUGAUGCGGGCGUUUCAUGCUCAAGCAGGGAAAUCCGAGCAGGUUUCAGCUGUGUGGUGUGCCUGGAACAAGAGGCUGAAAUCAAACUGCCCUGUGGGCACCGAUGUCUCUGCGCUCUCUGCUCCACCAGGGUCCUGGCACAGUUUGGUAGAUGCCCGCUGUGUCGAGAGGAGAUAAACAAUAUUUUUUAUGGGGGUGGAGACUCUUUGGGAGCUGGCUUGUCUCUGAACCUGAGUCCAGAAGCAUUAGACGCAAACUGCUGAGAGACGCAAACUGCUGAGAGACUGUAACAAAGAAAAUGCCACAGAUGGCGCCUAUAAUAUAGAAUGCGUUGAUAUUAUUCUGCUGAGAAGCCAACCAGACUGUUGAACUGCUGAACUAUAAACCGGACUCUGUACCACAUUCGCAUAUUUGCACAUUUGCACAUUUGCAUCACUGCACCUCUAUCUAGCACUACAAAUGCUGACGAACUCUUAGUUUCUAAAUGCAUUCUUGCACAAAUACCCUUUGCACAAUCAAUUAUGCACAUACAAAUGGU